AUGUGUGACGAGAUCAUCAUGGGCUGCUGCGCGGCCAUCUUUUGCUCGUCCGGGUCGUCCAACCAAGCGUCCAAGACGACGCGCCCGGUCGACGACGCGCCCGUGGUGCCUAUCGUCGUGAGCCCCGUGCCUGUCGUCGCAACAGCAGUGAGCACCACGAGCCCGUCGAGCGCGGCUACCAAGGACGAAGGCGCGAGCUCUUCGACCAUACCUUGUGCAAAAGACGUCUUGCCUGCGACGACUGAACCCAACUCGAAGUAA